UAAAAAUAAAAAACUAAAGAGAAGUAUGAAAGAAAAUGUUUCCACUCUUCCAUGUUCAGUGUUCAUCAAAGUCAUGCUUCGUCGAGUGAAAUUCUGUUCGUUUAUAAAUAAGAAAAAAUUGUGAAGAACUUUUUCUAGUUAUUAUCCAUCAGAUUUAUAACCUUCACUUCAAUUUAAUCAAUGCUAAAAACAAGCAAAAUGAUUAAAAGAAGAAGACUAAGAAAAUAAAAAGCCUCAGUUACGAUGAAUUGUUAUUUAAUUAAAUUUAUUGUUAUUUAAUUAAAUUUUAAGUGUUUUUCAAAUUAUGAUUCUUUAUUACUAUAAAAAUAUGGUAAUAAUUAUUAAUAAAAGAAUAACUUAUAUAAAAAAUAUAUUUUUCAUGUGACGUUAUAAAAUAUGUACAUAUUUACAUGUUUCUAUAUUUGAUCGGUUUUGUUCGGUUUAUUCGGUUUUAAUCGGUUAUAAACCAAACUAUAUCCAAAUCUUACGGUUUUUAUAAAAUCAUAUCCAUUCGGUUUAUAUGGUAUAUACAAAACCACACCAUAUUGUCUAUUUCGGUUCGGUUCGGUUUGGUAUGGUUCGGUUUUACCAUAUUGGACAGGUCUAGUUUUCCUCUCACUUGGUUAGCUUUCUGUGGUGACUGAUGAGAACUAACAGAACACAUUAGGUUUCUAACCUAAAAUCAUUCAAAAUCCACUUAUUUUUUCAGUGAGCAAUCUGUAUAUUUAAACAAAAAAUACUACUAAAGAAGUUGUGUUCAGUGUUCACUAACUAAGCAAUUCAUUAGCUUGUUAAACUUCAGUAAAUAUAAAGAAAAAGUACGUCUUAUAUAUGGUAUAGAAGAAAUAACAAAAGGACAUAACUAGAACUCAUGUGUGUGGCAAGAGCUAUCAAAGCUCUUAUCAUUCGUGACAUACAUGAAAAGAAAACUACAAUUCAUCUUUUAAGCAGUUGGGGGACUUUUAUGUCUAUAGGCAGAAGCAAUUCCCCAAAAGAUUCCAAAACGAACGAGGAUUCAACUUGGCCUCCUCGUUUUUCAACUCAGCUUUGAGACCAGACUUGGCAAGCUCGAGUUUCUUGACCUCUUGUUUGAGUUCCACGAUCCGAGCUUCACAAGCAUCACGUUUCUUCCUCUCUACGUAAGCUUCACGUUUCUUCACCUCGAGAUUUGGCCGCAACCAUUCGACGUUCAAACCGGCUUCCGUCAGAUAAGCCAAUUUAUCCGAAGUUCUUCUUAAUUCAGCAUCAGAGAGCGUUCGCUGGUGGCGAAGUUUCCGGAUGAUAUAGGAGAUAUCGCUCAUGAGAUCAUAUGCCCUGGUCUCUGACUUCUGAGAUUUAAAACCGAUGGCAGUUUCUGGGUGUUCCUUAAUAAUCCACUUGACUAAAUCCUGAUCCCACCACACUAUUCCGUAUUCGUUGUUGACUUCGGUCGUCCUUUGCGAGUUUGAUUUCGGAAGCAGAAGAAGCAUCAUAAUAGCAGCACUCAUGGUGAGAUGAGAUCUUUAUAAAAAUAUUGUUUUCAACAGUUUUUAUUCCUGAUAUGCUUUCUAUUGGUAUCGCGCGCCUUCUCUUUAUAUAGGCAGCUAAAGACCGACAAUACUUUGAAAUCUAUAAGAUUAAAAUUCGAAUCUUAUUGGUGAAUCUUUUUAUAUUUCGUUUUGAUAUAUAGAGGACUCGAUAAUUAAAUUUAAGUGUUUUUACUUUUUAGUCAAAGAUAAUCAUAGAUAUUUAUUGAUUUUUUUUGUAUUUCCUUUUGAUUUUUGAGGUAUAGAGUUAAUUAGAAAAAUAAUUAGCCUUCAUUUUUCUUUUCUUCUGUUUGAUUAUUACAUCUGUGUAUUGAGAUUUGCUCACUUACGAGACCAACAGAUCACCACGGUUAGCUUGGAUGACAAGUAAAGCAUGUGACCGAACCCACCAGUUUUUAGAUAAGAUCCCAGACAAGGAGACAAGAUGUGAGAGUGAUCAGAACAGGAGCAUGAGUACUUCUCGAUCGAGCUUUAUGAUUCUGUACAUUUCUCUCCAGAUAAUACAAAGCUGAGCCAACAAGACGACAAUGCCGAGUCAAGGUUGCGUAUGAGACAAUAAAGCCCACUUCUUGAUCUGAGCUCUGGCAAAAUUCUUGGAAAAAAAUAUACGACACUUUCAACUGAUUUAUUUUUUUUACAAAUUUUUCUGAUUUAAAUUUACAGUGAUAAAUAUAACCGUAAGUUUAUUAUUGUCAAGGUUUUGUUUCUAAUGGACUUUUUCACUAAUGGAUUUUUGUAACUAUAACAAUGGAUUAAACCUAUUCCAUUCUUUGUACAAUAUUAUAGAACAUGUAAUUUAUUCACAAAUAAUAAACGUACGUAAAGAUUAUUAUUAUUAUAUGUACUCUUGACCUUCGUCGAGCUUUGGUGUCCUCUCAACGUAUAAGUUUUGAAUUUUCAAUUUUUUGAAAUUUAUUCUUAUUUUUUCUCUAUUUUAAUUUGAUCUUAUUUAUUUUUAAAUUUUUAGUUAUUUUUUAUUUAAUUUUCUAAAUCUUUAUUUAUUUUUCUUACUUUUUUAAUUUAUGAGUUUUUUGUUAAAUUUUUUGAUUUUUAUUAAUUUUUUUGUUUAUUUAUUAAUUAAAUAAUUAUUUUUUAAAAAAAAAAAUUGUUUUUAACCUGUUCAACCGGUCAUUUUUCUUGUUUGGAGGUUUUUUAUGAUAAAAUGUCACUUUGAAGGUUAAAAGUGUUAGUGAAAAAACUUCUAAAGUUUAAAGUGUUAGUAAGUGACACUUUCAAACUUUUUAUGCGAUUUUCCCGAUAUAAAUUCAACAUCUCCGACGAAUUAUAAUUAAUCAAUCUGGUUAAGGAAUUUCCUUUGUUAAAAACGGAAAAAGGAAACUGGAGACGACAUGUGGUAUGCGGAGAUCGUUGGUAUAUUGUACAACAAAUAUGUUCAGGUAGUGAAUAAUCUACGUUUGACGAAUUAAUUAAAAGCCAAACCUGAAUAUGAAAACUAUAUAGCAAACAAAAACGCAAAAAGGAACUUCUAGUGGUUUAUAUUCCUUUUCCUAGUAAGAAAACAAAUACAAUCUCUCUAACAAAGUAGUAUAAAUAUAGGUCAUUACUCACCUUCACAGAUUCAAUCCAACAAAGCAUCCUAACACUCGAACAUCUCCAAAAGAUUAGUUUCGGUACAAUGGUAAUGUCCGAUAAUAGUCCGUUCUCCAUGUCGACCAUGUUCAAUGCUUUACAACAAAUCCACCUCUCAAAUACGCGCUUAAAAAGGCUCUUUAACCUAAUGACUAGUUGUGAAGGCGUGGGACAGUUUAAGGAUCUGAUCUCAACGUUUGACCAAAGUCAGCUUCAGAAGAUGGCGUCGUUGCUGACGUCAGACUCCGAGUACUUCAUGGAGGUCGUCAGAAACAAGUACGGGUCAAGACGCGUGCAGAAGCUCCUCGGAGUAUCAGUUGACGUGGACGCGUUAUUCUACGAUGCUAUCUUGCAACGCUUCUUCGACAUCAUGACCGACAAGUACGCAUCCUACGUGGCGAUUCGAGCUGUGGUCGUUUUCGACCAGGUGAAGAAACAUGUGAUGUACAAGCACGUUCUCCACUACGCGCUCGACAUAGCGCGUUACCAAUACGGCUGCGUCGCGCUCAACGAGGUUAUAAUCGACGCGGAUGAUCCUUUAUACAGGAACCGGUUACUAGACGUAGUCGCGCGCAACGCUCUCUUCCUAAGCAACGAUCUUUGGGGGAACUUUGUUGUCCAACACGUGCUUAAACUGUAUGACUUGCGUUGCACGCACAACGUGGCGGUUAGUCUUCGUGGCCACUGCGUUGAUCUGUCGUUUAAGAAGUAUGGAAGCUACAUCGUGGAGAAGCUCUUGGAGGCUGAGGUGUCGAUGGGUAUGGUGGUUGUGGAGCUUUUGAAGUGCGAUGGAGAUAGGUUGAUGAGGCUGGCGAGGAGUGAGAUUGGGAAUUUCGUGGUGCUCAAGGCACUGGAAGUCACGCAAAAGAUGAAUAGGGUUGAUUUGUUUUGGGAUCUGGUGCAGAAGCUGAUGCCUCUUCGCCACCUUUUGCUUAGGUCUCACGGAAGCAACAUUGCAAACAUCUUGGAGUCAUGUUCCAUAGCUAAUAGGUGUUCAAAUUAAAAGUUUUCGAUUGUGUUAUGGUUGAUUAUAGAAUUCUGGUUUAAAGUAGAUUGUGAUUUUUUGUGCAAGGAUCCUGAUUUAAUUCAAAAAAAUAGAUUUUUCUCAGUAAAAUAAUUGAAAUAAAAAAAGUGAUGGAAGACAACGA